AGAGAGAGUCAAAGUUGUUAAAAAAACUAGUGGUAAUAUUCUCUUCUUUGCUUAACCACAUGUAUGUUGAGUUGAUGAGUGUUAACUCCUUAUCAACAAAACCAAAAAAAUGGUCAAUAUCAAAGUGAUAGAGACAUACAUACAUGCAUUGUGAGCUGCCAAAUCAAAUUAAUUUCCAGCUCUCAUUACAUUCACAAAAAAACACCUCCUUUUUUUUGAGGGAUUUAUUUAUAGAUAAUAAGAAAAAAAAAUAAACAGAGGAAAAAAAAAAGCAACAGAAAAGAAAGUUGGAGGAGAACAUCAUGAGUCAGUGUAUGGUACCCAAUUGGAAUCUAAGUCACCAAAGACAAGACCUUAACAACCAAGCUGAAGAAGGAAACAGAUCCUCUCACGUGGACUUAGCUUCCUCCCAUCAUAGCCAUUUUCAGCAACACCACCAACACCAGAGUUUCUCUCAACUCGUUCCCAUGUCGAAUUUUGAGGUAGCAGAGCUAACAUGGGAAAAUGGACAACUAGCCAUGCACGAACUAGGAGGAAUAUUUCCCGGUCCAACAACUACCACCCCAGCAAAACCGGCAUGGGGUGGUGGCGUAGGCAGGGUAACAGACACACUAGAAUCCAUAGUUCACCAAGCAACCUACUGCAACAACAAACAAACCCCAAAAUUAAUGCUUACUUCAGUACCUCAUCAGCCGCAAACAGGUCAUCAGAGCGUGAAAAAUGUUGGGUCAUCAGUUGUGGCGUCUUCUGGAGGGAAAUGGGCCGAGAAUUCCGGACACAUACAACAGACACCAGUAGUAGGCCCACCACCACCCCCUCUUCCGGGACUGGUGAAGAAACGGACACGCUCAGAGUCUGAACACUGCGCACCAAGAAACAAUAACAACGAUCAUGAGAUGAGCGCGUGUGCUAGUGCAAAUGCUGCGUUUUGUAAGGAUAGCAGUAAUAAUAAUACUAACAAUAACAAUAACACCAAUAAUGACACUACUAUGAUGACAUGGGCGUCGUUUGAGUCUCCUAGGAGUUGUACAAGGACCAAGACUACCACCGAUGAGGAUUCUGCUUGCCAUGAUGGCUCGGAAAACCAGGAGGAAGAUCGAGACACAAAAGGAGAAACAGGUCGAUCAUACACGACAAGAAAAGGACGGGCAGCUGCUGUUCAUAAUCAGUCUGAGAGGCGACGAAGAGACCGCAUCAACCAAAAGAUGAAAGCUCUGCAGAAGCUAGUUCCUAAUGCCAGCAAAACAGAUAAAGCAUCAAUGUUAGAUGAGGUAAUAGAGUACCUGAAGCAGCUUCAAGCACAGGUUCAGAUGAUGAGUAAUGCAAGAUUUAUGCCCCAGAUUAUGAUGCCUUUAGGGAUGCAGCAACACUUUCAUCAGAUGUCCCUCUUGGCCCGAAUGGGAAUGGGAGCGGGCCUAGGAAUGGGCAUGGGUAUGCUAGACACUUCUAGUAUGGGCGCCGCUCAUCCAGCAUCUCAGGCAAUACCCUCAAUGAUUCAUCCAACUCAAGUUGCCACUACUGCCUCCGCAUUUGUGCCACCUGCCUUUGUUGUCCCUCAGAUGAUUCCUGGUUCUUCUCAGCAGCCAAACUCUGUAGAUCCUGGUACUAGCAGUUCUGCUCCUUUACAGGAUCCCUACAGCACACUUCUGGCACAGUCUAUGAACAUAGAUCUUUACAACAGAAUGGCAGCUUUACAGAGGCAACAACAGACAUCAUCACAACAAACAAACAAUCCAUUACAGUCAAAUCAUCAUCAUGUUCAACGAAGUUGAGACGAUUGUUUGCGAUCUAGAGGUUUUUUUUAGCUCCCUUUAGUGCAGUUUUGGUAAAAUGUAAAUGCUUUAGAUUAUUAGUAGAUGAUUAUAAGCCAUUUUCUUUUC